AUUACAGACACUGUCAUUUUAAGGGGAGCCUGUGUGAGGUUGUUACUGUGACAGCUCGUUGGGGAAUCCCGGAAGUGUGUGUGUGUGCCGGGAUGCGGGAGCGGUAACCCCACUUCCCCCCCGGACGCCGUCAUGCUGCGGUCGCUGCUGCUGUGUGCAGUGUGCGGCUCGGUGUCCGUGCUGCUCCCCGCCGAUGUCUGGCGCUUGUGGAGCCGCUGGUUCACGGACUGGCUCGGGAUUGCGGCGGGACCUGCAUCCGUCCGCCUCUUCACUAAGUCCGAACUGAGCCGCUACACCGGAGAGAAGGGCAGCCCCGGGCUUUACCUGGCUAUCCUGGGGCAAGUGUUCGAUGUGAAGAAAGGGAAAAAACAUUAUGGUCCGGGAGGUUCCUACAGUUUCUUUUCAGGCCGAGAUGCAUGUCGAGCAUUUGUGAGUGGAGAUUUCACUGAGAAUGGACUUGUGGACGAUGUUUCUGGGCUCUCGCCCUCUCAAAUACUUUCUCUCCAUGAAUGGCUCGAUUUCUACAAGAAAGAAUACACUUUUAAGGGUGUGUUUUACCUUUGCUUCUUGCAAGGCAAAUUAGUUGGAACAUAUUACAACCACAACGGUGAACCAACCCAAGUGCUCUCCGAUGUGGAGUUGGCUGUGACGCAGGGCAGAAAGCUGAAGGCAGAAUCCGAGCUGGAAAACAAUCUCUUUCCUCCCUGCAACUCUGAAUGGAGCUCAGCCAAAGGUGGCAGAGUCUGGUGUUCACCUCACAGCGGAGGAGUAGAAAGGGAGUGGGCAGGAGUCCCACGCAAACUAUACAGACCCGGAUCAAAGAGCCAUCGCUGUGUUUGUGUGAGGACAACUGGACCCCCAUCCAACCAGCCCAAUUCUGCCCAAAACAGGGGCGAUCUCGAAAAUCCCAGCCUCCAGGAAUACGCAGGAUGCCACAGCCUCUCCGUCUCAUGUGCCCUUCCAUAGAUGUAACUAACUAGCCUGACAGAUCACAGACCCCACUUCAGAGGCUGAAAGUCAUCAGGAUCUGAGAUAUCUCACUACUGCAGCAUUGUCUUCAGAAUUAAGCACAGCCACUGUAUUUUUUUUCAAUCAGUAAAUGAAUAUUUUAAUAGGAUGAUUAUGACCAUGGAAAAUGUGCUUGGUGGAUAAUUGAAAAUGAGUGGGUGGGGGUUGUAGAAAACAAUGUCCAGAUUUAUCUGUUUCCAAUCAAUCUGAUCCCAACUGGGACAAUGCAUAAAGCUGGUCACUGAUGGGUUAACCACAGCAAUAAUGGCCACAUAAUGUCCCAGACUUCUGGAUUUUUACAGAAGGUUCACUCCAAUCCAUCAGGGAAGCUUAUGUGCUACAGUCAGUGGCAGUGGCCCACGUAUGAUAACAGUCCCAUAGUAUGACUAGUGAUCUUGGCUUUCUAAUAAUUUGCUGUGCUAGUGUCCUGAAUAAACAUUCUGCUACUAACCUCCUACUGUCAAUGCACCUUUUGAUUUCCAAGUUAUCGAAAUUAAUUCUAGAAUUACACUUCAGUUGAAAAUUAGUCCUGGAAUUGGUCAUAAAUCUGCCCAUUUCCCUUUUUUCAGGGAUGGUGUGGCUCAGCUACAGUCAAAUUUCACUCCCUCCUAAAUCAAGCUUGUAUCCAUUAUCCAUGUGUGGACAGUGACUGUUACUGUCUACUUGUUCAGGUGGAAGGGGACUGUUACUGUCCCCAACCUUGAGCUAGAAGGGGGCUCCCGUGACACAGUGCACUGGCUCUAACUUAGAUCCACAAAGCUCAGCUUUAGAUUGUGCCUGGCCCAAAGUAGUGUCUUAGCUUUAUAUUAAAAACAACAGAAGAACUGCAGCUGCUGCAAAUCAGGAACAAAAAUAAAGUUACUGGAAAAGCUCAGCAGGUCCAGCAGCAUCUGUGAAGGAAAAAAACAAAGUUAACCUUUCAGGUCCAGUGACCCUUCCUCAGUGUCAGUUAUGCUCAGCUGGAAUCACAGCCUCACAAUAUUGGAAGUUUCAACCUGUAAAAGUUGAUGAGGAAAAAGAUGUUCCCAGUAUUAACAGAUGUUCAGCUCAAAGACAGCAGCCAAUUAUUGUACCUUAUGCAUAGCAACAGGAGUCAGGGAAAGGUUUAUUCAAGUAGCAAGAAAAAUGUCAAGACUCAGCAUUAGGCAUGGCACAAACUAAUUUAACACUACCCCCAAUGGUCUUCUAGAAAGACCAAGGAACUUUAACUAUCCAUCAUUCAUUCAUUCAUUCAGCCCUUUCUUUUAUAUUUGUUCAUGGGAUGUCAGCACGGCUGCCUGGGUUAGCAUUUAUUGCCUGUCCUUAAUUGGCCUGAAAAAGGGGGUGGUGAUGAGCUGCCUUCUUACUAUACCUAUAGCCCAAGGACUGCAGUAUGUCAACAAGAGAGUUCCAAGAUUUUGACACUGAGGAAUGGCUGAUGUAUUUUCAGGUCAGGAUGGUGAGUGGGGUAGAUAGGAACACCACCCUGAGCCGGUUCCAUGUAUCUGAUGCUCUUGCCCUUCCAGAUGGAGGUCACAAGGUUGAAAGGUACCAUCAGAUGACCCUUAAUGAGUUACCACAGUCCAUGGUGGAGAUAGCAUACACUGCUGAUAAUGACCUUUUGCACUGAAGCAGGUGAACAGUGAAGGUCAUGUAUCAGUACCAAUCAAGUGUGAUGCUUUGGCAGGCUUCUUGAUGUUGCUGGAGCUGCAUUCAGCCGGGGAGUAUUCAGUCACAUUGCUGACUUGUACCUCAGAUGAUGAACAGGCUUUGGGGAGUAAGAGGAGUUAGUCACUGCCAAAUUCCUAGGCACUGAACUGCUUUUGCAGCCACUGCCCAUGUAUGGUUCCGUUUCUGGUCAACAGUAACCCCCAGGGUGUUGAGUGGUUUAUUCAGCAAUGGUCUUUGCCUGGUACUCCUAUGGCAUAAACAUUAGUUUGCCACUGAUCAGUCCAAGUCUGACUAAAUAGCACUGGACAUUGCUUAAGCUUCAGAGAACAUUUGGUGGAAGGAAAGAAGGAAGGUCAAUGACCCACCACCACCAGUCACUGCAAUUUUCAUCAACUCCAGUUGCCUUAUGCCUCCUUACUACCAUACUAGUCAAAUACACAUUAAAAUCAAAGGGUGAUCACUGUAAAAGAACCAAUAGAUGGAGGUGAAUGUUUGAGUCAAGAUUGAAAUGACAUCAGGAUCAAGGAGCCCUGUCUGAACCAAGUGAGCCAGCUAUGCUGAUCAAGAGCACUGUUGACAAUCCGAUUUAAAAUAAUCUUUGUGAACGAAACUUGAAAAUGAAACUGCUGUUGGCCAAGGGCAGACAUGGACUGCAUUUAACUACCUGCUGCUUCUGGUCAUGUGACAAGGUUAGUAUCAGCCUGGCAUGACCUAGCAAGGGGGAAAUUCUCCCACCUUCAAAGAGGAAUGCUCACAUUGGGAUUGUGGGCAGUAGGUUUGUAGAUUAAUUCAAUGUCAGCACAUUACUGAUGCUGUGCUGCUCCCCAUAAAGGCCAUUCCAAUGGAAAGGUUCUACAAGAUGUACUUUGGAACGUGAAGGUUAUUGGAAAAACAGGUUUGUGCUGCAUUCCCAACGAGUGCAACUACAGGAGAGGAGAAAGCAUAAUCAAGUGGCCCUGAUCGGAAAUGCACCUGAAGAGAACUAGUCUUUGCUUUACAAUUUGAUCCUGAAUCACCUGAUGAAUAAAAGUGACCUGAAGUGCAACCAACAACCAAAAGGAAAACAGUCAAUCCAAGCACAUCAGGGCUGCACAAGGACAAUUCAGGUGACUGGUCUUGAUCUAUUGUUGGUUAAUGUAUCCGUAUAGCAGGGUUUCAGAGUUGUGACAAGUGUUGACAAAUGUAUUGCAUAUCAGCCAAGAGAAGGGCAUCCACUGAUCCUAGCCCCAGGGAUACCAUCACAACCUGACAACCAGCCAGGUAUGAGUUUCAUAUAAAGUGUGCUUCACAAGAAUGAAAAAUGCUUGCUGUUCUUGCAUACAUAUGGUGGAAGGGAAAUCUAAUUGUAGCUUCCAUGAUAUCAUGUGGAAUUUCAAAUAGAAAUGUAUGAAGGAGUUUUGACAUCGGAUCUAAAAAAACCACACACACACGCACAAAAUUUUACAAUUGUAUUGUAAUGUCAUGUCACGUCUGUCUUAAAAGUACAGCUACAUCCCUCACUGCAGCUGCCUAGGUACAUAGUGGUUUCAAAUAUACACUCAUUUCAUAGGGGCACAGGCUGCUGUCAUUAGGAGUAACAUAUCUCUGGCCUAAGCCUCAUUUGAGAGUGAUCCACUGUUGGCUAUUACUGUCCAUUACAGGAUUUUAACCCUAGCAACUGUAUAAGUAGUUUGUUACCAAAUAAACUAUCAGUUAUCAUUUCUCUAAUCAUUAUUGCCAGCAACAU